AAAGUGGUCGCUCACUUGGCGAAAUUUCUUCGUGCCUCCUAUUGAGGCCGCAGUCAGGUUAUGACGCGAGAGAACCCUGUUGCACGCUCAUUCACUCAUUCACUCAUCCACUUACUCACUCAACCCACUGAACAGGAUGAUGGUGAUGAUACGCCAACGUGGCAAAACAAUGAAAAAACGAGCACGUUAUUUCCACAAAAUGAGUCUGCUCAAAGACUACUUACACGAACGUGGCUGAUUCUCGCUUGCUAUCAAGGACAAAGAACCGGCCUCUCGGCCUCUGCACACAUGUGGAUGCCAUGCUACUACCUACUCCUCGGAAUCCACCUCCCAUUGAGUAGGGCGGCUCGAAGGCGGCACGGGGAUAUGUAUGUUACCGGGGAGCUUUUGCUAUGGGUAAGAAAUGUAUUGUCAGUAUUUAAUUCCUCACUUCCGUCACUGCCACACAGACCCCUCGUCCCUGGUGGCAUAUGCACUCAUUGAAUGAAACUUAUACUCAACGUUCUUCAAAAUCCCUUACCCACCCACAUACAUCAUGCCUGCUGAGGGAGAAGUCCAGAAUCUGUUCGACCUGCUCGAUCAGGUUGUCCGCAAUGAUGACUCGACGGGAAUUGUGUCGUAUCCCCUUCACGACACGGAUCAUCCACGCAAUCUCUCAUAUGCCGAGCUGGAAACUCUGAGCACCAGGAGGGCUUGCGCACUGCAGCAACAGCACGGCUUCAAGACGGGCGGCGUCAUUUUGUUGCACUUGAGGGACCAUUUGGACAAUGUGGUCUGGUUCUGGUCCGUGUUGAUGGCGGGUUGUGUCCCAGCAUUGUCAUCACCACUACCCAUCGAUAGCGAUCAGCGUCGACUGCAUCUCGCACACCUCUACCAGCUCUUCGACGAUCCGAUGUGCCUACUCCGACAGACUGAUUUCCCCAACUUCACUGGGUACUCGGACAUGUCUCUGCUGGCAGUAGAGCACCUGGAAGCAGCGGAAUCUUCGGUCGGCACGAUUGAUCUUUUGCAACAACAACGCACAGCUGCCAAGCCUGACGACUUGACAGCAUUGAUGCUCACGUCUGGAAGCACCGGCAAUGCCAAAGCUGUCAUGCUCUCGCAUCGACAAAUCUUGGCCUCCCUGGCUGGCAAGGACAGUGUCACUUGUCUGACUACAGGAACUUCACUCCUGAACUGGAUUGGGAUGGACCACGUUGCGGCGUUGACCGAGACGCACCUUCUCGCCAUGUACCGAGGACUUGAUCAAAUUCACAUUCAGCCUGCCGACGUCGUAGCCGAUCCGUUGUUGUUGCUGAGGAUGAUCACAAAGCACAGAGUCGCAAGAACGGUGGCGCCAAACUUUCUUCUGGCGGGCUUGCUGAAGUCAAUCGAGGAUGCGGAUGAGCUCAGCUUGAAUGAUAUCAACUUGACGAGCCUGACGCAGCUCGUUUCUGGAGGAGAAGCUAAUCCGGUGCAGCUUUGUGUCGAGCUGGACCAGGCGUUGCGUCGGCUUCAUGCUCCCUCGAGUGUGCUCCAGCCGGCAUUUGGCAUGACGGAAACUUGUGCUGGAUGCACGUAUAACCUCGAGUGCCCCGCUCGGGAUGUACACAGUGGCAUGAAAUUCGCUUCGUUGGGCGAACCUGUUGGUGGCUUCGAGGUUCGUGUAGCUGGUAGCGAGGACGAGGACGACCGUGGUACUUUGCAAAUCAGAGGGCCCCAGGUGUUUUCCAGGUACUAUAACGACCACAAGGCCACAGCGAGUGCCUUCACUUCAGAUGGCUGGUUUGACACCGGUGAUCAAGCAUUUGUAGAUGACUCUGGCAACGUGCACCUCAUCGGCCGCAUCAAAGACCACAUUCGCAUCAACGGAGUCACAAUCGUCGCAUCUGACUUGGAGAGCCAGCUCAGCGCUCUGUCUUUGCCUGGCGCAGUGAACGACCUCUAUGCUUGCUUUGGAUUCCGGCCAAGUCCUACCGAUGACGAGAAGUUGGCUGUUGUUUAUGCAACUACCUAUGCCAACGAUGACAUACGACAAAGACGCGCUACUCACGAAGCAAUCGUGACAACGACCCUGCGUAGUCAUGGCAUCAGUCCAUAUGUGGUUCCUGUGGACAAGAGUGAGAUCCAAAGAUCUACGCUGGGUAAACUUCCCCGAGCAAAGCUACGACAGGCGCUUCAGCAAGGCAAAUUGAAGAGUCAUGUACUUGCCAACGCGAGUGAUGCUGAUCAUGCUGAGAUCGAGCCCAGGAACGAAUGUGAAGCUCAGUUGCUCGGCAUCUUUCGCGAGACCUUUGGGGAAACCAUCGCGAGCUCAAUUGGCGUGCGCACUCCUUGGUACAGCCUAGGAAUCACCUCAAUCGACCUCAUCCGGCUGAGGCGUAAGAUCGAGCUUGGCUUGCAACUGGAUUUACCGCUAGUCAAGCUCCUGCAAUGUUCCACAAUCGAGAAAUUGGGCGUGGAACUGCAGCCACGGAGACGACGAGACAGCGUCACGGAGCCGGACAGCGGCGAUGAGGGAAGCGCGGCUGUCACUUACGAUCCUGUGGUAGAGCUGCGUGCCCAGGGUUCCAAGACACCACUCUGGCUGUUUCAUCCAGGCGUAGGGGAAAUCCUUGUGUUCAUACAGCUUGCCAGACGCAUUCAUGAUCGGUCUGUGUACGGCUUGCGAGCGAGAGGCUUCAACUUGGGCGAGAGCUUCUUCGAGAGCGUCGAUGAAGCAGUCCAAACAUACUAUCGAGCAAUUAAGAAACAACAGCCUCGCGGACCGUAUGCACUCGCGGGAUAUAGUUACGGUGCAAUGCUCGCUUUUGAGACGGCAAAGAUGCUCCAGGGCGAAGGCCAGGGAGAACGAGUCGAGUUUCUGGCGAGCUUCAAUCUGCCGCCACAUAUCAAAUUCCGCAUGCAGCAGCUGGAUUGGAAAUCGUGUGCUCUCCAUCUCAGUCAUUUCCUCGGACUACUCCAUGACCCUGAAGCCAAAGACGAUUCGCAAGGCACAGGCUCCAAGCGACGAGCGUCGAUUAUCCAAGCCGUAUUCGACGCCGCGCCGCCAGACCGCCUCCAAGAACUCGAGCUCACAUCGGAAGACUUUGCCCAGUGGGCAGACCUGGCGCAUUCCAUGCAGUCGAUGGCUCGGGAUUACGAGCCCGUUGGUGCAGUAUCAACGAUGGACGUCUUCUACUGCCAGCCACUGGCCAUUGUGGCACAGAGCAAGCGAGAGUGGCUCGACAACCACCUCUGCCGCUGGCAAGAGGUAGCGUCUGAUGUCCGCUUCCAUGAGGUCGGCGGCGAGCACUACACGAUGCUGGACGAGGAGCAUGUCGACGGCCUGACCCUUCUCGUCGGGGCUCCACUGAGAGCGGCCAUCGCCAUCGCCAGCGGGCCCGCCCUGGUCGGUACCUUAUUACUCUCGACUCUCGACAGCGUGCCACGUAGUUCCGCCCUCACCUCACUGCUGCUUCCACCCCCCGCCCACCCCCAAACGAUUCGGCCUCCUCCAAGCCUAGUCGUGGCGCCAUUGGUCGUUCGCCGCCGACCACCGCAGGCCUUCUACUCGGGCCGCAAGAUGCGAUACAUCAGCCAUUGGACAGCGCCCCCACACCCCCCGAACGGUUCUGUGCAGCGCAUGUCACUACUUGUGACAGUGUGAGCAUCAGAGAAAUAAAGGGCUUUUUCCCGAUGGCCUCGCGGGCUUCGCGGAGUACGAGAAGCACGAAUCGGGUAAUCUGCUACACUCGUCCGAUGCACGAGGACCCAACUCAUUUCUUUGGUCCCGCUGCUUCUAUGCUGUUCUGGUCUGCGCUUGCAGUUCUAGCUGCCAUGCUGUCUCGUCAGCAGCUACCCAGCGGACAGGCGCCGUCUCCCUGCUGUGAAGCGUGGUUCCAGUCGGCUCAUAUCUGCGUGCUCAAGUGGUUCACGCUUCAAUUUCCAUCUACGUAUCGUGCAGCGACGGCUAUCUGCCUGCC